GUGGUCUUCUUUACCUUUUUAUUUUGAAUUUUAUACUUAAAAGCUAAAGUUUCUAGUUAAUUAAUCGCUGUUCGGUUUAUAAUCUCCAAGUCUUCCACUCUAACUAGUGCUUAGUUUCAAUUAACAUAGAGAGGAAGCUGGUUUAGUUAAGCGUACUCUCCCUGAAGAGGAUUGGAAAGACAAAGUUGCCUAACAUGGGUCUCGUGCUUCUCAAGAAGAUUAGCCUUCUCUUCCUCCUUAUUUCAGCAUCAUUUCUAUCAACUUCCUUUGCAGGUCGACGGUCCAAGUCUGUGAACAAGUUGGCGGAGGAAGUGGAGGUCAGUGCCGCCACUUACGAGGAAAUAUCAAGCAAGCCAUCGCACAACAACGAAGCGACAACUAUCCAUGAAAGGCUUCUGAAAGCUAAUACCAAAGACUAUGGAAACUAUAAUCCAGCUCCAGCUCUUGUCAGGCCUCCUUUCAAGCUCAUACCAAACUGAUGGUUGGUUCCGUCAUGCAUGUUAAAGAGGUUGAGACAGUCCGAGCAGUAGUAUAUUUGAAUAAAUAAAGCAAAACGAAAUCCAGACGUAUGCGUAUGUAAGUUGUGUUGUGUGUGUCCUAGACUAGUAUAUAUAUCCCCCAUAUAUAUAUAUAUAUAUAAAUACAGUAAGUUCUGUACCCUAUAACAACGUUAUAUAUGUAUAUAUAGCUUUAUAAUUGGAUGAACGUACGUACGUAUCUACGAGUUGUUUUGCAUGGUA